AGCUGGUUCACUUCCUGUAGGGACUGAAAACCAAGUCAGGAGAUGAAGGAUUGUGCCACACUACACCAGAGAGUCAGAGAGGAUAGACACCGGAGAUAAAUCCUGACCAUCACCCAAGGAACAACUGCACAGCUGUGGAAGACAACCAGUCCCUUCACAGCAUUGCUCAACACAGAGAAGGUUGGGCAGUGAAACCAUCAUCUGGAAAUCAGUUGGAUCAGGGGAGCUUCGACAUAUUAUCAGAUCUGAAACUGGUCAGUGGUGUGGAGCCUUCCAUUGGAACCAGCCUUUCUGAAGGUUUGGUUGUGGGUGAUUGAUCAGGGUGAGGCUGAGAAGAAGUAUGAGUGGGUCCAAGUAUGGUGAGAGUUUCCAUCAUUCAUCGAGCCUCAUGAAUCACGGACUCAUUCCCACAGGUGAGAGACUGUUCAAGUGUGAGAUGGCCUUGUCCAUGUUGUAAGAUCCCCUCACAUAUCGAGUGGACCUGUUGAUCUGCCACAUGGAAGAGCAUCCAAUCAAGUCUGAGAUGUGUGACCAAGAUUUCCAACGUACCUCAAAUUUUCACAUGCACCAGAGCAAUCACACCGGAGAGAAGCCAUUCACAUGUAAGGAAUGCAAUCAAUCAUUUGCAUUCUCAUCAAGUCUCCACAAACACCAGUUUAUUCACACACGGGUGAAACCAUUCACAUGCAAGGUGUGUGACAAAUCAUUCUGGCACUCAAUGAAUUUCCGUGUACAUCAACGCAUUCAUACAGGGGAGAAACCCUUCAAGUGUGAAGUGUGCGAGAAAUCCUUCUCACAGUCAUCAAAUCUCCGGAGGCAUCAACGUAUUCACACAGGGGAGAAACCUUUCAAGUGCAAGGUGUGUGACAAGUUCUUUUCGCAGUUAUCAAAUCUCCACAUACACCAACAUAGUCACACAGGGGAGAAACCAUUCAUAUGCGAGGUGUGUAACAAAUCAUUCUCAUCUUUAGUGACCUGCCGGGUACACCAACGCAUUCACACAGGAGAGAAACCAUUCACCUGUGAGGUGUGUGACAAAGCUUUCACACAGUUAUCACACCUACUGGUCCAUCAGAUGAUCCACACGGGAGAAAAGCCCUUCAAAUGUGAGGUCUGUGAUAAAGCUUUCACAACAUCGACCAGGCUUCUGAUGCAUCAGAGUGUCCACACAGGGGAGAAGCCUUUCAGAUGUGAGGUGUGCAACAAAUCCUUCUCAAAGUCAUCAAACCUCCAUGCCCAUCAUCGUAUUCACACAGGAGAGAAACCAUUCACAUGUGAUGUGUGUGACAAAUCAUUCUCCGAAUCAUCCACACUCCGCAUACAUCAACGUGUUCACACAGGGGAGAAACCUUUUACCUGUGAAGUAUGUAACACAUCAUUCUCCCGCUCCUCAAAACUUCAUGCCCACCAACACAUUCAUACAGGGGAGAGGCCAUUCAUAUGCGAAGUGUGUAAUAAAUCAUUCUCGCACUCAGUGAGCCUCCAUAUACAUCACCGCAUUCACACAGGGGAGAAGCCAUUCGUGUGUGGAGCAUGUGACAAAGCCUUCUCGUGUUCAUCAAGCCUCCUGGUCCAUCGGACAGUCCACACAGGAGAGAAACCCUUCAAAUGUGAGGUUUGUGAUAAAAGUUUCACGCAGUCUACAAGCCUCCUGAGACAUCAGAAAGUCCACACAGGGGAGAAACUGUACAGGUGGAAACCAUUCAAAUGUGAGGUUUGUAGUCAAGACUUCACAAGGUCAUCGACGCUUGUGAAACACCGACGUGUGCACACUGGGGAGAAACCUUUCACAUGUGAGGUGUGCAAAAAAUCAUUCACACAGUCAUCAAAUCUCCACAAUCACCAACGUAUCCACACAGGGGAGAAACCAUUCACCUGUGAUGUUUGUGACAAGUCCUUCUCCGAGUCAUCCCACCUCCGUGUUCACCGACGCAUUCACACAGGGGAGAAACCAUUCACCUGUCAGGUGUGUAACAAAUCAUUCUCAGAUUCAUCGACACUCCGCAGACACCAACGUAUUCACACAGGGGAGAAACCAUUCACAUGCGGUGUAUGCCGCAAAUCUUUUUCAUAUUUAUCAACACUCCGUGUACACCAACGCAUUCACACAGGGGAUAAAGCAUUCACAUGCGAAGUGUGCAACAAAUCAUUUUCUCAGUCAUCAAAUCUCCACACACAUCAACACACUCACACAGGCAAGAAGCCAUUCAUGUGCAAAGUGUGUGACAAAACAUUCUCUACAUUAUCGAACCUUCGGGAACAUGAACGCAUUCACACAGGAGAGAAACCAUUCAUGUGUGGGGUGUGUGGCAAGCCAUUCUCACAGCUAUCGAAUUUCCUCAUUCAUGAACGCAUUCACACAGGAGAAAAACCAUUCAAGUGCGAAAUGUGUAGCAAAGCCUUCACACGGUUAUCAAGCCUCCUGGUCCAUCAGAAGAUCCAUAUACCAGACAAACCUUUCAAAUGUUGUGUUUGUGAUAAAGCUUUUGUGACAUCCACAAGGCUGCUGACACACCAGAGGAUUCACACAGGGGAGUAACCCAUGAAGUAGAGAUGCAGAAUUGAUUCUUCACAAACUAAAUGAAUCAGCUCCUCCUUCAAACACGGAUAUAAACUGUUGAUGUGCAAUGUUUCUGAUAAGGCUUUCAGGCCCUUCUCAAGUCUCCUGAUGUAGUAGAGGAUCCAUACCAGUGUGAAACCAUUGAGGUGUGAGGUGUGUGAGAAACCUUGCACUUUGAGGCUAUCACACAAGAGAAGCCCUAUCAGUGUAAGCUCUGUAUUGACGUGAGUUAUUGGACCUUCUGGAACAUCAAUGAAUCUGCCUGGGAGAUAAACCCUUCCAAUGUAACAUGUGCCAGGAUUGUUUCACCUCUUCCUCGUUCACCAGACUCGGACAUGGUGCUGGGUCAUCUGCUUAUGUUGCACUGAGAGCUGUCAUUCCAAAGCACUGUCGGUCUCAAACUUUACCCAUCAUCACUCCAGUCAUUUUAAGGAUGUCAGUUUAAUCUUUAACUGGAUCAUCAAACAUCACCAAAUGAAGACAUAAUAUAGAAGCUGUUGUUUGUGCACAGAUAUCACUGUGUCUCUGGGAAGGUUUCCUCAGCCACAGGAAGUGGGUGAUUCACGGGAAUCUAUGUCUGGAUUAUCCCUGCUGUGGACAAGAGGGAUACAAGCUACUCAUCAGAAGAUAUGUUACAUUGUUACAAUCUGAGUGUCUGCUACAUUGCAGCAUCGGAGAAGAGGAGAACAAAUUUAAUUUGGCUUGAAUUUCCUCACAAUUCCUCACAUGUUAUGAAGGUAAAUAAAAACCGAAAGAACUGCGGAUGCUGUAAAUCAGGAACAAAAACAACGGUCACUGGACCUGAAACGUUAACUCUGUUUUUUGUUCACAGAUGCUGCUAGACCUGCUGAGCGUUUCCUGCAACUUUAUUUUUGUUCAUGUUACGAAGGUGUGUCAUUUAAUCGUUUUCGUGAACUUGAGUUGAUAGAUUGCGGACUCACCUAGAUUGACCUUUUACAGCAAAAACAAUGAAAAUUGAUGUUAGAAUUUUGUCUUCAAGCGAGGUAUUUCUUAGAAACCACAUUGUCCCAGAACUGGGCUUGGUCGCCUGAACUCACUUUAGGAAAAGCUCCUUCAGGUCUUGAUUUUAUUCGUAUUCAGUUUAUGCAGGCUUUAUGGUUGGAAUUUUAUUUGGAGAAAGCCUACUCCAGAAGAAGCUGCCCAGCUUGUGUCUCCUGUUUCUGAAGUACUUUUGUUGUGAGCUCAGGGUGAAAGCUGAUUCUUCUUCUGGGAGAGUGACAGAAAUAACAUUGAGAAGUUUGAUUUCCUCAGCAAGUUGCAUCUGCCAGAUUGACAAACUUUAGAACACUCUACACGCCAUCCUGUUUUAUCUGAAUGAUUCGCCACCUUUGAACAUCAAGUGUCUUUUAUUAACGUGAAUGUCAGCAGAGAAAUACAUUUUCUUCCCUUUGCCUGAAGUGUGCGUGUGCAUUUUGUGUUAGUUGGAGGGAUAAAGCUUUCUAUAUUCACAUUAUAAACUGUGGGUGUUCAACCUAUUUUGUAUCCCCAUUGAAUGGGUUUCAUUUUAUAAUGAAUGAAUAAUGCUAUGAUUAUUCAUAAAACUUGGAUGAUUCAAAGCCUAGUAUUGAGGAAGUUUUGGAUUAUCUGUAUUGGGAAUGGGAUAGAAUCUUUUUGUCAAGUUGUGACUGGAGGAUUAAGACAAAAGCAACAGUGCACUGCACUAUUCUCAUUGUGGUCAAAACAAAACUAAUUCAGAAAUUAACUUUCCAUUGGAUUUUUAGAUCUUGCAGUGUUCGGAGAAAUUCCAAGUCUGUGAGAAACGUUCAGAAGAAACUAACACUGAAGUUUAAUCGAAUAUUGAACAGAUUUUAACAUCAUUAUCUAAUAUUGUUGCUAGUCAAAGACAGAAUGCUCUUUCUACAAGUAUAUAAAAUGCAGAGAGUCAAUCUGCAGCAUAUUGGUUUGUUAUCUUUGAUAUAAAGUCAAUGUGGAACUAUUUCACAGUUUCCUUGUCAGAAUUCCAAUGCAUUGUUUCACAGGCACUCCCUACAUCUGAAACCAGUUAUCACAAUAACUUUUCUGUCUGCCUAGGUAUUAAGGGAGUGGAUAUGAAGGUGUACCUGGGGAAACAGCCAAAGUAAGAGAGGGAAUGAUUUUAAUGGGGUCUCAAAGGACAUGUGGAGUGAGGGUGAGUUUGAAUAAAUCAGUCACCACAGAAAUGUUGCGUGAAUGGAUGGUCAAAGGUCUGGACAGGUAGACUUUUGAGAGUGAAGUUAUCAGUGAAUUGUGGAAUAGACUUUUUUCCAGAAAAUUCUUCAGAGAUUUUC